AUGCUCGCUAUGCAACGAGAAUUUAGUGAUGACCCUCUAGAAAAAUGUUCUGUUUCUCGCUAUCUACGGAAAUUUUACAAAAAAUGGCAAUCUAAAAAGAAAACCUUGGACCGUUUACGUAAAAAGUUUGAACGUGCAGAGGAGCGGUAUAAUCUUUCUGUGAGGGACUUGCGAAACGAAAAGGGAAGACAACGAAAUCGUUUGAUUCUGAUCGACAGCGAACGGCAGCUUUCUAGAAAGGUAGUAGACGAAGACGUUAUAGGUGCUUUGGAGCGAACUGGGUACUUAACACCACAACACAUAACUCUGAUCGACACCGUCCUUACUAUACCAAGAGCUUCGAUAGAAAAAGAAUAUAAGCGUCGCAUUGCUGCAAUCAAUGCGGUGAUUGCGGUCUGUGAUGCGGAAGAAGGUGCUCCGUCGCGGGCUUGUGGUGCCCGAAAACGUACCGCCGAUACUAUCGAUAUUCUGGCACAUACUCCCUUGCUAAAAAAGCAAAAGUCACCCACCCCAGAUAAGAGCGAUGGUACAGUUAUUCAAGCCAUCGCCUCGAGACCAACGAUUUGUUUUCUUUGUCUUGGCAAUCCCAGGCUCCUAGUUCAUGAAAGAUUAGAGAAUUAUAAGAAUCUAGGCUCACUCAGUCGACACUUUGUCAAUAUACACGUCAAACCCUUUCCGAAAGACAUGCGUUGUGAGUGCUCUAUCUGCUGUGAGAAGCUAGAAUCAAAGUCCGGACUACUGAACCAUGCCGAAAGAGUACACAGGACCGUGUCUCGUUUGUCUCAAGCAGCCCUGGGUCUGAAGUAA